AUGGAGGAUAACGUGACACAGAGAGAAACAUAUUUGUAUCCCGAAAGUGCACGAAACUCUUUACAUCGGAAGGCUGCUAGCAGGGCUGCUAGCAGGGCAGUUGAGAUUCAUGACGAAAGAGACGAAAGACUAGAAGCUAAUAGAGCUAGGUCUGCUGCUAGCAGGACAGUUGAGAUUCAUGACGAAAGAGACGAAAGACUAGAAGCUAAUAGAGUUAGGUCUGCUGCUAGCAGGGCAGUUGAGAUUCAUGACGAAAGAGACGAAAGACUAGAAGCUAAUAGAGCUAGGUCUGCUGCUAGCAGGGCAGUUGAGAUUCAUGACGAAAGAGACAAAGGACUAGAAGCUAAUAGAGUUAGGUCUGCUGCUAGCAGGGCAGUUGAGAUUCAUGACGAAAGAGACGAAAGACUAGAAGCUAAUAGAGCUAGGUCUGCUGCUAGCAGGGCAGUUGAGAUUCAUGACGAAAGAGACGAAAGACUAGAAGCUAAUAGAACUAGGUCUGCUGCUAGCAGGGCAGUUGAGAUUCAUGACGAAAGAGACGAAAGACUAGAAGCUAAUAGAGCUAGGUCUGCUGCUAGCAGGGCAGUUGAGAUUCAUGACGAAAGAGACGAAAGACUAGAAGCUAAUAGAGCUAGGUCUGCUGCUAGCAGGGCAGUUGAGAUUCAUGACGAAAGAGACGAAAGACUAGAAGCUAAUAGAGUUAGGUCUGCUGCUAGCAGGGCAGUUGAGAUUCAUGACGAAAGAGACGAAAGACUAGAAGCUAAUAGAGCUAGGUCUGCUGCUAGCAGGGCAGUUGAGAUUCAUGAUGAAAGAGACGAAAGACUAGAAGCUAAUAGAGCUAGCAGGGCAGUUGAGAUUCAUGACGAAAGAGACGAAAGACUAGAAGCUAAUAGAGCUAGGUCUGCUGCUAGCAGGGCAGUUGAGAUUCAUGACGAAAGAGACAAAGGACUAGAAGCUAAUAGAGUUAGGUCUGCUGCUAGCAGGACAGUUGAGAUUCAUGACGAAAGAGACGAAAGACUAGAAGCUAAUAGAGCUAGGUCUGCUGCUAGCAGGGCAGUUGAGAUUCAUGACGAAAGAGACAAAGGACUAGAAGCUAAUAGAGUUAGGUCUGCUGCUAGCAGGGCAGUUGAGAUUCAUGACGAAAGAGACGAAAGACUAGAAGCUAAUAGAGCUAGGUCUGCUGCUAGCAGGGCAGUUGAGAUUCAUGACGAAAGAGACAAAGGACUAGAAGCUAAUAGAGUUGGGUCUGCUGCUAGCAGGGCAGUUGAGAUUCAUGACGAAAGAGACGAAAGACUAGAAGCUAAUAGAGCUAGGUCUGCUGCUAGCAGGGCAGUUGAGAUUCAUGACGAAAGAGACAAAGGACUAGAAGCUAAUAGAGUUAGGUCUGCUGCUAGCAGGGCAGUUGAGAUUCAUGACGAAAGAGACGAAAGACUAGUUAAGGUCUAA